AUGGGCACAUCUACCAGCCUGCCACACAAUGCAAUUACUGAAGACCGAAUACAACAUGUAAAGCAUCAAUGCCCACGAAACUUUAUGAAGGUAUUCUCAACCUAUCCACCCUACCUCAUCGUGGGUCUAGUGUUUGAGCAUCCCUCGAAACAUGGAUACGAUGAGCUUCAGAAGGGUUACCUCGCUUGGCGCAUGACCUGGCACACAUUCAAAGUCAAUGCAAACCCUAGGCCUCUUGAAGGCACAAAGCCUAUCUUGAGAAAUAUUGCUUUCGGGAGCUCACCACAGCUGAAGAUGUGGGGAGACAUUACAAACGAUUAUAUCCUCUCAUGUCGUGGACAUUUGACCAAAGAGGAUCUCAUGAACCUCUAUAACCUUGAGGACCAGGCCAUUAAGUACUUGAUAUCUCACCGUCUCGAUUGGAGCAAGGAGAUCGAUGUUAUACAAGAUUUUGCUGGUCCGAAACUGUCUGUCCUUGGUCAAGAAUCCAUCUCGGAAUUGAGGGACAUCAUUCAUACUGUCAACGCCGACCUCAUGGCUUGGUCACGGCUGAACUCGAGCCUAAAGAAGCUCCCAAGAUUUGGAUAG